AUGAUCGCCAGACAGCAGUGUGUCCGAGGCGGGUCUCGGGGCUUCAGCGGCAGCUCGGCCGUCAUAGGCGGAGGCAAGAGGGCCGCCUUCAGCUCAUUCUCCGUGUCUGGGGGUGCAGGCCGCUGCUCCUCGGGGGGCUUUGGCAGCAGGAGCCUCUACAACCUUGGGGGCAAUAAGAGCAUCUCCAUGAGUGUUGCCGGGUCCCGCCAGGGCACCGGCUUUGGAGGUGCUGGCGGCUUCGGUGCCGGUUUCGGCAGUGCUGGCGGUUUUGGUGUUGCUGGUGGCUUCGGCGGUGGAUUUGGGGGCUCCUUCACUGGCCGAGGUGGUUCUAGCUUCCCGGUGUGCCCCGCCGGGGGGAUCCAGGAGGUCACCAUCAAUCAGAGCCUGCUGACCCCCCUGCAAGUGGAGAUCGACCCCGAGAUCCAGAAAGUCCGGACAGAGGAGCGGGAGCAGAUCAAGACCCUCAACAACAAGUUCGCCUCCUUCAUCGACAAGGUGCGGUUCCUGGAGCAACAGAACAAGGUCUUGGAGACCAAAUGGAACCUCCUGCAACAGCAAACGACCAGCACGUCCCCCAAGAACCUCGAGCCCUUCUUCGAGACCUACCUCAGCGCCCUGAGGAAGCAGCUGGACACCUUGGGCAGUGACAAAGGCCGCCUGCAGUCUGAGCUGAAGACCAUGCAAGACAGCGUGGAGGACUUCAAGACCAAGUAUGAGGACGAGAUCAACAAACGCACAGCUGCUGAGAAUGACUUUGUGGUCCUCAAGAAGGACGUGGACGCCGCCUACAUGAACAAGGUGGAGCUGGAGGCCAAGGUGGACGCCUUGAAUGAUGAGAUCAACUUCUUGAGGGUCCUGUACGAUGCGGAGCUGUCCCAGAUGCAGACCCACGUCUCCGACACAUCCGUGGUGCUGUCCAUGGACAACAACCGUAACCUGGACCUGGACAGCAUCAUCGCCGAGGUGCGCGCCCAGUACGAGGAGAUCGCCCAGAGAAGCAAGGCCGAGGCUGAGGCGCUGUACCAGAUCAAGGUCCAGCAGCUCCAGACCUCAGUCGACCAGUACGGUGACAACCUGAAGACCACCAAGAGCGAGAUUGCAGAGCUCAACAGGAUGAUCCAGAGGCUGCGCGCCGAGAUCGAGAACGUGAAAAAGCAGUGCCAGACUCUGCAGGCGUCUGUGGCCGACGCCGAGCAGCGAGGGGAGCUGGCCCUCAAAGAUGCCUACAGCAAGCGCACAGAGCUGGAGGGAGCCCUGCAGAAGGCCAAGGAGGAGCUGGCCCGGAUGCUGCGCGAGUACCAGGAGCUCAUGAGCGUGAAGCUGGCGCUGGACAUUGAGAUCGCCACCUACAGGAAGCUACUGGAGGGCGAGGAGUGCAGAAUGUCUGGAGAAUAUCAGAAUGCCGUGAGCAUCUCCGUGGUCGGCGGUGGCGCCAGCGUGGGAGCCAUCGGCGGAGGAGGAUUGAGCCUGGGUGGUGGGUUUGGUUCCGGCUCCGGAAGUGGCUUUGGGUUUGGCGUCGGUGUCGGCGGCGGUUCCAGCAGCAAGAUUAUCUCCACCACCACCCUGAACAAGAGAUCCCAGCGGUAG